AUGCCUGAUAGUGGACACCUGCAGUGCAGUGUGGGCAGGUGUAAGUGGUCACACCUGAGCUACAAGGGUGGUGUCAUGCAGGACCUCGGUGAACAGCAGAGGCCAUCAGUUGUAACCACCAGAGAGUUUAUCUUGAGAUUCAAUGAAACCAAAAAUCCAAAAGAGGAGGAAAAAAUGUUGGACAUCGCUAGAAAAAACAUUCUGAGAUGUAAGAGAAAACUGGGUCUCAAAACCUUGGGUUCUGGGAAGCACGUUAACCUCCCCACUGCAUGGACUUCCGUGAUGUACCUGGCUCAGUGCAAAGGAGAAAUCCAAGAUGAAGCCUUAAAUAUCCUUUAUGCUUCCCUGGACCAUGCUUCCUUUGAUCAUGACCAGCUGCCUGCAUUAUUUUUUGUUGCGGAAUCGGUUUUAUACAGACUAUGUUGUGAUGCCUUCCUAAAGACAUACUUAUAUUCAGUUGAGCUAAAGCUAACGAAGGUAUGUUUUAAAAUAUUUUACCCCAUGACUUUUGUUUUAGAACCUGGACAGGACAUUUGGUUAUAUUAUGGAAUAUUCUCUGCACUUUCUUCUUCUGGAAAAUCCUAUAACAAGUAUCCAAACAUUUUUUCAAAUGUGCAAUUCAUUCUAAAAAUCAUGGAAAUCAUAUAUAAAAGAGAAAUACCUGAGUCGAUUUUUAACCCUGUGGAAAAUGAGAAAAGAUAUGAUACCAUAGGUUCUGAUGUGGGAGGAUAUGAAGUUAGCCAUCUUCUCUGGCACUGUGUGGCUGCCUGGUCUUGUGUUCAGAAGAACAGCACUCAGUUAAGUAAGGUGCUUGAACAUCUCAUCUUUUAUAAAACAGAGCUUCAAAACAGCUGUUGGCUGGACUCAGCACUGGCUUUGUUGAUCCUUGGGGAAGGUGCUAAAUUAAGCAUGGCUUGCUUGAAAGCUUUAAUGGAUUUAAUGAGAGAUUUUCUUUCUAAUGUUUUGUCUGCUCAGAAACAGGAAGAAAGUGGCAAGGAAGAUGACAUUUCCUGGGUAUGGAAUAUAGUCUACAUAUAUACAACAAUUCUAGCAGAAAUCUGCUUGUAUGCAGCCAGAUCUAAUUUGCGAAAAACUGCUUUCAUUGGUUUCUGUGACUGUAAAAAUACACAGAAAAAUAUAUAUUUUUCCAUGGACAAAUCAGCAGUACAGCCAGAGUUAAUGGAAACAAGUAUUUUAGGUCUUUUGGAUUAUUUCUCUUCAAAAAUGUCAGAUAAUUGUGAUCAAGUGAUAUGGACUGGAUACUAUGGACUAGUAUAUAACCUGACAAAAAUGGCAUGGGAACUUAGGGGAGAUGAAGAACAAGAUGGAUUUAGAAAUAAAAUAUUGCAAACAUUUCAAAAAAUAAGGAAUAAUGGGAAAGAUGGGGUAGUCCAAAGUGCAAUAAAUAUAGCUCAGGCUGAGAUAAAUGACCCAAUUGAUCCUUUUGCUAACUGUAAUACAAAAGUCUCAUCAAAUGCAGGAGAUGAAGUUUUCUCCAAAUACAUAGGCUGGAGAGUUGCCAAUGCACUUUCCAAACUCUUCUUCCCCUUCACUGAUGCUCAUGUUCUUCCUGUGAAAAAAACUUUGAUAAAACCAGACCAAAUUAGACAUCGAAGUAAAAAGCUGAACCUCACAAAGAAGAGAGCUCUACAUUUCACUGUAAGGGAACACCCUUCUUUAUCAGAACUCCCCUUGAGUCCAUAUCCAGAUUUAUUCACUAGGACUAAUGAAGAGUUGAGAAGAAUCAUUAACCAUUAUUGGCAGGAAGAACUUAAGAUCCGAAAGAAAUUAGAUGAAAUGCAUGAAGCAAAAGAACGUAAAGAUAAAGAGUUAAAAGAAAAAGAUCACUUCAGAGAAAUUAUGAAGAGAAGAGAAGAAAAACUACACAAACAAACCAAACCCUAUGAGCUUCCUCCCAGGACUGAAGUUGUUCAUCAGAAAAGAAAUUGA